AGCAAAAGGAAGUAGCUAAGGCUGUGAAAGCAAGUGGUGAUGAGGGAAGGCUUACAUGGAGUGAAAUCCAAAUGAUGAAGCAUACAUGGAGAGUGGCCCAAGAGCUUAUGAGAUUGACUCCUCCAGUUUUUGGCAACUUCAAAUGUGCUUCUAGAGACACUAGUUUUGACGGCUUUCACAUCCCCAAGGGAUGGAAGGUUUUCUGGGUUUCUUCUGCUACACACAUGGACCACAACCUAUUUGAAGAUCCAAACAAGUUUGAUCCAUCGCGAUUUGAGAGCUCAAAGAAAUCAUCAUAUCCCCCAUACACAUACAUUCCAUUUGGAGCAGGCCCUAGAAUAUGCCCCGGCUUAGAAUUUGCAAGAGUUGAAGUGCUGCUCAUCAUUCACCAUUUCAUUACAAAUUAUUCUUGGACACCAAUCAUCAAGAACGAGCCCAUAAGAUGUGAACCCAUGCCAUAUCCAGCCAUGGGCCUUCCAGUUAAGCUUCGUAAAAAUGAAUCAUCUUGUAGUAAUUCACAAGUAACUUGUAAUUCAAAUUGUUAG